AUGGGUAACGCGGGCAUGAUAAGGAUAGAGAACGUUGAAAGCCACAGCUCUCUAAUGAGACCUACAGGGCCGUUUGAGACUCACAGUGUCAUGUCGCACUAUAUAUAUCGGAGCCCGGAAUAUCUGAGCAUAAUGCUCAGGUAUAGUGGUCUUUUUGGCCUAGUGUGUAACUCGCCAGUCCAGGGGCAGUUUGUAACACAGCGGCCAGCCUAG